AUGCCCGGCCCGGCCGCCGGCAGCCGGGCGCGGGUGUACGCGGAGGUGAACAGCCUGAGGAGCCGCGAGUACUGGGACUACGAGUCGCACGUCCCGAGCUGGGGCAAUCAGGACGACUACCAGCUGGUCCGAAAGCUCGGCCGAGGGAAGUACAGCGAGGUCUUUGAGGCCAUCAACAUCACCAACAACGAGAGGGUCGUCGUGAAGAUCCUCAAGCCAGUGAAGAAAAAGAAGAUAAAACGCGAGGUUAAGAUUCUGGAGAAUCUACGUGGUGGCACCAACAUCAUUAAUCUGAUUGACACUGUCAAGGAUCCAGUGUCAAAGACCCCUGCUCUGGUGUUUGAGUACAUCAAUAACACAGAUUUUAAGCAACUGUACCAGAUCCUGACAGACUUUGAUAUUCGGUUUUAUAUGUAUGAGCUGCUGAAGGCCCUGGAUUACUGUCACAGCAUGGGAAUCAUGCACAGGGAUGUCAAACCCCACAACGUCAUGAUAGACCACCAACAGAAAAAGCUGCGGCUCAUAGACUGGGGUCUGGCCGAAUUCUACCACCCAGCUCAGGAAUACAAUGUCCGUGUGGCCUCCAGGUACUUCAAAGGACCAGAGCUCCUUGUGGACUACCAAAUGUAUGACUACAGCUUAGACAUGUGGAGUUUAGGCUGUAUGCUGGCAAGCAUGAUCUUCCGAAAGGAGCCCUUCUUCCACGGCCAGGACAAUUAUGACCAACUGGUUCGCAUCGCGAAGGUCCUGGGCACAGAUGAGCUCUAUGGGUAUCUCAAGAAGUACCACAUAGAACUGGACCCGCACUUCAAUGACAUCCUGGGCCAGCAUUCCCGGAAGCGCUGGGAGAACUUCAUCCACAGCGAGAACAGACACCUGGUCAGCCCUGAAGUCCUCGACCUCCUGGACAAGCUCCUGCGAUAUGACCAUCAACAGAGGCUGACUGCCAAGGAGGCCAUGGAGCACCCCUAUUUCUAUCCAGUGGUGAAGGAGCAGUCCCAGCCCAGCUCAGAAAACGCUGUGCUCUCCAGUGGCAUGACAACAGCGCGAUGAGGACUGGAAAACGACGGGUCCGAUGCUGUUGCUCCCAAUUUUCCAUAAGCAGAAUGAGAACCAAAUCAAACGUCCCAUCGGCGCGUGUAGAGCGACGGCGGGCGGACUGCGCGGCGCGGGCAGGGCUCGGAGCGGCACUCGCCCCGCGGUGACCUCAGCCCUUCCCUCCGGGCCUUAAAGGUUCUCCUGCCUCUGGUUCCUUGUUGAGCUCUUCCUGACCCAGAAAGCAUGGAAAUGUGAAGGGUGUGCAAAGCAGUUGUUGGUUAGUUGUUCCUUCCUCUGUUCUGGCUGUCGCCCCCCCGGCCCCUGAUGGACCACGGUUAGCCAGCUUGUGCCCCUCUCUGCCAGGACACGGGGGCUGCAGGGGGUGUAGUAUCAUGAUGGACAGUUCUAUACUAUAAUUAAAAGAAUUCUAUAUUGUUGAAUAAAAGUUUUGAAAGAAGCGUG